AUGUUAGAACGACUGUUAAAAAUUAUCUUAUCCUCCAUUCAUCCGAUCGUCACCUUUGGCUCGAUGAUGAACAUGAUGAAAGCUUUCAUAGUCGUCAUCUUUGAUUACUUCCUUUUCCAAAUCCUCGCUAUCAUCGUUGGAUCCACCUCGACCGAUUCACCACUGAAGUUUGUAGAGGAAUUACCAAGCAAUAGUCUGACGAGGCGAUCGACCAACAAUUUGGCUAAGAGGACGGUUCCGACGGUGUUGGAUGCUUGUGAGUCAUCUCAGGCAGCCCCUCGAGCUGUCCUGCAUGCCGGCGCUCCGGUAGCUGUGACCACGAGACCGCCGGAUGUCCCGGAGCUAGUUGAAUCAGCCACACCCGGUGGGCGAUCCGUUGGAGACGAACAAAUCGACGAGGUUUCUGAUGAAGAAGUGGUGAUUGCCAACGAUCUACCCUUCCCGACCCAAGUGUCCACUAUUUACGAAACCAAAACCUCCCUCGAUCCUAACCUCCAACUUCAGGCGAAGAAGCAGCUAGAACGAUUAGACUCCGAGUCACAAAAUUCGGAGAGCCAGAAUGGCAGCUUAGAUUCCCGAGGUUACUUCAAGGCUUUGCAGGAUUAUGUGGAGCAGGUCAAAGCUAAAGAUUCUCGACCGAGGCGCUCUUCGUCUGCAGCUCAGGGAAUAGUACCACCAGGAAGGGUACAGACGUACAGGAAAAGGUAUGAAAAGCUGAUCAAACAAAGGGAGGCACCUCUUGUUAAAACAGAAACCCCCUUCUCAUUUGAAGCCAACUUUCUCCUUCCCACCAUUUGCGAAUACCACAGAGUCAAAGAAAUCUUAAAUCUUCGUCCAAUCCGUCUAGUUGAACUGUUGAGCAGAGGGAAAUCCAUGCUCACCUUUCAUGCCAAGAAGUUUUUGGGAAGAAUGAUGAACAAAAUGCAAUCGUUUCAAUUCAAAAACUUGAGAAAUAUCCUGCACCCCAUGAAAAGCCCCGCCCCAACUCCAGCUCUGAAAGAGAUUGAGCUCUCCAACCUAGGAUGUAAUUAUCUAUCCGGAUUGAAAUACGUUCUUACCUUCUUGCAAUUCCAAAGCAUCUUCCUGCGUCCAAACCAUUACAAUAGCUUUGAGAUUGGUUAUAAAACUGAUGUGUCUCGUCUAAACCCGACAGGCCUGCAACUACUCACGGCCAACGGUCCAAAGUGGAGAGAUGCUGGGGUUCAUCAGGCAAUGCCCCACCCUCUCAGAAACUUGGACUUAGAGCAGUCAAUAAGGCCAGUUGACAUUCCCGAUUGGCUCAAAGAGAAGAAAGAAGUCAUUCCUCACGAAUAUUACUCUGCCAACUUACUUCCUCUCAAUCACCGCCUAGAAAGCCUUGAGACUGCCCCUGACCUUACUGAGAAUGGGGAAGUAGUCCACCCCUUAAUGACUGAUAGUACUGGAGCAAUUCCCAGUGAUGAACUCUCUAAACCUCCAGUUCCGCAUGCUCAACAAGACAUAUCAAUUGGUAAUUUGUCGAAUAACGAGAAAGAGAAAAGUGUGGAUCCUGAAGAAAAUGAAAUGGAAGCAGGCACUGGACUGGGAGUUGCCGAAGAAGUCCCAUUAACAAAGGAAACUGCCAAUCCGGUUAAUGAGCUCGAGGGAGGGAAAUCUCAGCCCUUCUCUCAUGUUGAUAAGGAAGCACCAGAAGAAGAACAGAAUUCAGCUAAAAAAUCGAGGAAACAAGAAGAAAAUGCGGGUUCCGAAAACACACAAGAUGGGAUUACAGUUCCCGACGAAGUGCCCGGAGAAAUGGAGACCAAGAUUCCCUUAGAUAUGGUCCUCACAGAACAACUGCAUAAGGAUCCCGUUGCUGAAAGAGCUGAAGAGUAUAGCCCCGCUGGCGAAUCGCCAAGACAAGAAGAGAAGCAAGAUGCGAGUCCUUUGGGAUCCGAACCCGAAGCCCAUCAUGGACCGGAAUUUGUCCAUGCAAAACCAGAAGAAGAAGAAACCGACACUGCGUUCAACGAGGCCGAAACAAAACAACCUGAGCCAAGCUCUGGUGACAAGGACGAGGAAAACUUAUCCCAUCAGAUCCCACCUGUUGAUAAGGGCAUAAUGGGUGUUGCCCAUCACCCGCUCGGCGAACUCGGAGAAAGCUUCGCUGAAAAAGAUGGCAAGCCCUCCACUUCACAAGCAGAAGGAAACUCCUCUCAAAACCAAGGUGAAGUCCAAGAAAACGUGCAGGCUCAUUCGGUACAGAGUGAAAAAUCAGAUUCGAGUCCAAAUGCGAAAAAGACUUCCUCUGAUUCUCAUCAAGAACCAGAGUCGGAAACACCCCCGUCAAUCCAAGAAUCCUAUGCUAAACCAACUGACAAAAAAUCAGACUCUGAUCCUACGCCCGAGGACAUUGCUCUUGCAGCGAAAAAAGAGACUGGUACCAGCUCACCAAUCGAAGGUCCGGAGCCUUCGCAACAUGAACAAAGUGCGCUGGAACCCCUCGUUGCGGGUGUCGAAAGAUAUCCGGUACGAAACUUCCAUUAUGAUUCGAAACCAGAGACAGAUCAACAGGAUUCGGCACCUGUGGCGAGCGCUAGGGAAGGAUUUCAUCCAGUUCUUAAUGAAUUGAUGGGAUCGAAGAAUGGUCCAUCUCAGUCAGCAGAAUCCCAUGAAAUCGGGGGACAAUCAGAAAAAAAUCAAGAUUUUACUCCUCGUCCAGAAGCAUCCUCACUGGGAACGCAGACCACCGAACUUCUGAACACAGUCCCCGAAGCUCACGAAGCUCCGACAUCUGGAAAUGAUGAUUCCUCAACGACAAAACCCAUUCCGAAUGAAGCAGAGGAAACGAGAGACCCUUUGAUUUCCGGCGUCGAGGCAAACGCGAACGGAAACGGACACAGUGUGUCCAACUUACAGCAGGGUUCAAAAAUGCACAACUCAAAUCAUCUGACAGAUGGAUCUAAUGCCCCGCCUGUAAAUGGCAAAACAGCAUCUUACAAGGACCCGUUGAAAUUGAGUAAAACAAUGGAUAUUACCUCCCGUUCGCUAGAAUCUUUCGAGAUACCGGCACAGUCACACAAAACACAUGAUGUUACUCAGCCGCUUCAGGCUCCACAAACCAAUAAUCUUGUCAACUCAGCCCCACACGCUCACGCAGAGCCAAUAUCUCAUAGAGGAGAGGAAGACCCUCUUAGUACCCGGCCAGUAAAAGGAGUUGAACCAGCCCCCGUGAAACCUCGUUUUGCCUUCCUUCCUGAACCAAUCCAAGUACCACAACUCUCGCUCAGAUAUAAACCAGAAGCGCAAUUCCUUGGUCAUGCUAGAAGUAUGCAAGGCCAACGGGCCAACAAUGGUCGUUUUAACCGGGGUUUCUCUCGCCUUCGCCCAUCCGAGUCUCAACAAGAUCUCACAAAGUUAACAGAAUCUACACAUACUCCAUUCCAGUCAACAAACUCUCAAAUAAGUCGCAGGAAAUCAGUCAAAUUGGGAGAUGUUACCGCAGAUUUUGAAGAACCAAAGGAGCCUCCACUAAAUCGGGAGUAUUCGGGCCAUAUCCCCCCAAAGGGUCCUCGAGAAGAUUUUCGUAAUAAUUAUGACAGCACUGGGGCAGAUUCUGAUUCCUCUACACAAAGAGCUGGCAUGCCUUCAAUGAAAUUACCGAAGGAUUUUUUUGUUACCCCACAAGGACUUAAACCCAUUAUCACAAGAAAAAGAGAAAUAGAACCCCUCGAAACAGAGGAGGGCAAACCUAUCAAAGACAUUUUGGCAGCUUUCAAGCAGGCUCAACUGGAAGAUUCACCAAGAGUGGGAUCGCCGGUCGACAGACUCAAAGGGAUCAUGAGGAGUUCUCCUCGAGGUAGUCCGCGUAGAGUUGGCACCCCCAGUCCGCGGAGAGUUGGAUUUGUUACUACAGAUAGUACACAAUCUCGCCCAAAGGACAAGAGUAAAUUCUAUCUUGAAGUUGUGGGAGCAGAGGAGCAAAAUAGAGGCGCAGAGGGUUCUCCAGUCCUGCCGUUUCAAUCCUCUGCAGAUGAUGAAAGCCCCUCUAAGAAGCCGUUAGCAAGGGCCAAAUCGGCAUAUUACAUGAAGGUGUCAUCGCCGAGAGUAGGAGGCCUAGAUGUCUUUGCUGAUAAAUCAAAAUUACUGAGGACAUAUUCAGUAAGAACCCUAGAAAAAGAUGACCCGUGGGACGACAAACACGAGCAAGACCCGGCUACUCCCCGUACAAAGCCCAAACCGUUGGACUUGGUGUUUUUGCAAACAGUUCCUGAGAAAAUUCACAACCCAGAGGAGGAUCCAGCACCAAGACAGCGGGUUCCAUACUACCGCCGGAAAGCAGAUAUAAUAGCGGGUAAUAAACCCCGACGUCCGUCGAAGAAGGGCGCAAACCCUCGUAGACCGCGAUCGAGACAUCCAGUCAAUACAAAAAACCUUCCUGCCAUCAAAAGAGGCGAUAAAAAAUUACAGCAGGCCAAAGAUUUUGUGCGCCGGCUCCAAAGGUUCACAUUGAAUAAAGCAAUUCCUGUUGUCGUCAAGCAACCAAACCUCAAAGCGAAUUUGGUCUAUCCCAGUCUCAGUCUGCCGGUUAAUUCUAUUGAUCAAUCAUUAUAGUCUCCACUGCCAUUUCAUUGAUGCAGCUUAUUUCCAACAAACCUUGGCUCAUGAACAAUCCACCUUCACAAUUUUGGGUUAUAUUUACUUCUUUUUUGGCGUCUUGUUUUUAUUCAUUACAACGAUUGUACAAAAUGACAAAUGGUUCUCUGGCGGAUUUUUACACCGGUUUGAUCGGUUACA